AUGGCGGCUGCACCCGUCAAGCAGCGCUCGGGGCCGGGGGGGCCCCGCGCGCAGCUCCCGCCCUGCUACUACGAGGGAUACCUGGAGAAGCGAGGACCCAAGGAAAAGGCAUCCAGGCGGCUGUGGACAUGUCUGUGCGGGAAUGCACUGUAUUUCUUCAAUAACGCCAAGGACUCAAAUUAUGUGGAGAAGUUGGAGCUCGGUGGGUUUGUGUCCCUGAAGGAUGACUGUAGCCGAGACAGGAACCUGGAGGCAGCCAGGCUCAUUCUGCGUAUGAAGGACGGCGAGACCAAACUCACAGCACCCAACUUGGAAUCAAGAGAGUUGUGGAAGGGUUUCCUCUACUCUGUUAUAGAUCUGAAUGUACCAGCCUGCCUCACGCUGCUGCCAGGCCAGCUGCAGAUGCUGAGGGAGGUGGUGGACAAGGAGCGGUCCAGACGGAGAGCACGCACGCCCACCCGGGCCCCUCCCUCGCCUCUCUGUGUGCCCUUAGUAGGGGAGAUCCCACCGUGUUUCCGACCGGUGUCUCGCACAGAGGCGGAGGUCCUGUUAGACAGACACCCGGACUGUGGCAACAUGCUGCUCCGUCCGGGCAGAGAUGGCUGUUCCCUGGCCGUCACCACCCGACAGGACCUCAACGGGUCAGUUUUUAGACACUACCGUGUGACUCAAAGGGAGCAGGGUGGCUACAUCAUUGAUGUGGAAAAUCCAAUUCCCUGUGCUACACUUCACGAGGUCAUAGAUGCCCUGGUAGAGAAGACCGCAGGGACACUACAGCCUUUUCUACUGGAGGAGCCCUAUGAGGAGAAUAUUACAUACGUUUCCUCCAACGACGAAAAUGGAGAACGAAUCCUCCACACUGCCCCUUCAAGCCCCCUGCCGAAGGCCCCUGCCCUUCCCCCAAAACAAGCUGGUGCAGAUCGUUGGUCCAGUAAACCUAUGUCCAGGUCCCCCGUUCCCGACCGCCGUAUCCUGACGUCACCGGUGCCGUCGUCACCCACCAACCCGAUGAGACGACUCAUCCUGUCCCCUUCACCCCUCACACAGACUUUCAGCGAGGAACUCAAAAUGAAGCUGGAAAAGAGACGAGCCAGUCAGGAGUGACGUACUCCAGCAGCACAAACCAAGAUGGAACAACUUCCGGUCCCGGAUCUGGGGGAAGAAGAAGAAGAAGAAAAAAGAAA